UAUGAGAUCAAGGGAAAUGAUGAGUAAGAUACAUAUGACAGCUUCUAUUGAAGUGAACAGUCUGUAUCAGUAUUUGAUCCUUGGAGAAUCAACCAUAGAAGAUGCUGAUAUGUGUAGAUUGUAGCUUCUUGAUUUGAAUACAAAUAUAAGUAUCUUCAUGUUGUUGUGAGGCUUCACAAGCUUCAUUAGUUUCUUUUCUUUUUCAUUAUCAAAUUCACUAUUUUGUUGGAUAAAGCUAUUGUGUUUAAAUUUCUAAAACUCUAUUGACAAACGUAAUUUUCUUUCCUCUAUGCAGCAUGUCACUAAAGAACAUUUUGAUAUUCUUCAUUGCUCGUUGCUUGUUGCAAAAUAAAUACGCCUGUUUCUUUCUGUAUAAGAAGCAUGUUUAUAAAAGAAUUAUGAUUGAACAGAACGACAAUUUGAUUUUUAAAAAUAAGCAAAGGUAUGCUUAAAAAACAUUCUAGCCAUAUAGAACAACAUAAC